AUGCCAAGAAAUAAAAGGAAUGAAAGCAAUGAAGAAUAUGAAUUAGAAGAAACGGAUCUUGAGGACGAAUUAUAUGAAGAAAAAUGCACGCCUAAAAGGAAAAGACGCGUUCUUUUUACACCUAAACGAAAUAAAAGAAGUAAUAAAAGCGCUACUCUUAGCACUCCAAAACGCAAUAAAAGAAUUACAGUUUCAACUUGUACUGAAGACACUGACACUGAUGAGGAUAUAACGCCUAAAGAAACAUACCCGAUCGUUAUAAUUACUCCUAAGAACAAACUACCGGAUUUACAAGAUCCUAUACAAAUAGUUACACCACCCUCAAUAAGGAAAAGGUCAGGUCGUUUAUUAUCAAAUAUAAAUAAUCGGAUUAAACCUACAAAUAAACCUUUAUCAAGAUAUGAUAUUGCAAGAGAGAAAUUGAGACUUGAAGAAGUUCCUGUAAAUUUUCCUUGUCGUGAAAAAGAAUACGGUCAAGUUUAUGAUAAAAUUAAAGAUUCAAUUGAUGAAUUUAAAGGACGUCGUAUUUUUAUAUCUGGUCAACCUGGCACUGGUAAAACUGCUACUGUACGACAAGUUAUUAAAAAUUUAAAUGAAAAAGCAUUUAAACGGGGUUUAACCGGUGAUCGAAUUUCUUAUAAAGACGCAGAAUCUUUAUUGAAUGAAACAUUUCAUGAUAAAGAUCAACGAGUUUCAAUUGUCUUCAUGAUAGAUGAGUUUGACUCACUUAUCACCAAAAAAAGUAUAGUAUUUAGUAAUCUUUUGGAAUGGACCGCUUUACCAAAUUCUGGAUUCGUUUUGAUUUCUUUGACGAAUGAAAUUCGAUUACCACAUUCAUUAUUAACUAAAAGUCAAGAGAGCAAAUUUGGACUGGAAAGAUUGGAUUUUGAACCGUAUACUCAUGAACAACUUUUUAUUAUUUUGAAAUCUCGGCUUGAAAAUAUUGAUCUAUUUGCAAGGGAAGCUGUUGAAUUUACUGCAAGAAAAGUGAGCGCUAUUUCACAAGACGCAAGAAAUGCUCUGUUUAUUUGCAGAUAUGCAGUAGGAGUUCUUGAGGCACAAGUAAAAAAUAAAUUAGUAUCGGUAAAUAGUCGUGUUACUAUACAAAUGGUUCUAGAGGCUAUAAGAAAAACAAAUACUCCUUGGAAGAAAUAUAUUAGUAGAAGUUCUCUACAAGUUAAAGUAUUUCUUUAUGCCUUAUUAUUAUUGAAGAAAAAUGGAAAAUUUGAAAUCGAGUUAAAGGAUGUUAUAAGAAAAUAUAACAAGAUAUGUGAACUUAAAGGCAUAUCAAGUCCUUCACCCACUGUAUUAAUGAAUAUUGCUUAUGAUCUCUUAUCAUCUUCAAUGUUGGUAUUAGAUCCUAGUAAAGGUCUUGAUUCUUUAGUUGAUUUUAAUGGAAUUGAAAGUGAUGUUAGCUCUGUUUUAUCUAAUGAUUCGUUUUUUAAAGACUUGGUUGGAUGGUAA